AGUACUAAUAAUUUAAUUUGUUUGUAGGCAAUGGGAGCAGCGAAUGGAUCAUGUGCACGAGUCAGCAGUCAUCACUUGGAGUAUCUCUAGUAUGUUAUCCUACAGACAACCUGCAGCACUCUGUUCAAACUCUGAAGGGCUCCAACAAGCACCCUGUUAAACCUGUAGCACAGCUUCAUCCAGGAUACACCUGCAAUAUGAACUCUGAAUGUGAGCAAAGUUCUACAGUACAGCAGAGUCCAUUAGUACAUCAGCGAGCUCACAAAGAAAAGAAACCAUAUAAAUGUCCUGAAUGUAAUAAGUGUUUCAGAAAAAGAGGUGCUCUAGUAAGUCAUGAAAGGACUCACAUGGGGGAGAAACCAUAUAAAUGUUCUGAAUGUAAUAAGUGUUUCAAACAAAGGAUCUAUCUAGUAACACAUGAAAGGAUUCACACUGGGGUGAGACCAUAUAAGUGUCCUGAAUGCAGCAAGUGUUUCAAACAAGGGAGUCAUCUAAUAUGCCAUAAAAGGACUCACAUGGGGGAGAGACCAUAUAAAUGUCCUGAAUGCAAUAAGUGUUUCAGAGAAAGAGGUGCUCUAGUUGGUCAUGAAAGGACUCACACUGGGGAGAAACCGUAUAAAUGUCCUGAAUGCAAUAAGUGUUUCACAGAAAGAAGUGGUCUAGCAAAUCAUAAAAGGACUCACACAGGGGAGAGACCAUAUAAAUGUCCUGAAUGCAAUAAGUGUUUCAGAGAAAAAAGUUCUCUCGUAAUUCAUGAAAGGACUCACACAGGAGAAAGACCAUAUAAAUGUCUUGAAUGCAAUAAGUGUUUCAGACGAAGGGGAACUCAAGUAAGACAUGAAAGGACUCACACAGGGGAGAGACCAUAUAAAUGUCCUGAAUGCAAUAAGUGUUUCAGAGAAAGCAGUGUUCUAGCAAAUCAUAAAAGGACUCACACGGGGGAAAGACCAUAUAAAUGUCCUGAAUGCAGCAAGGAUUUCAAAACAACUAGUAACCUCAGAGUUCAUCUGUUAAUUCACAAAGAAAAGAAACCAUAUAAAUGCCCUGAAUGAAAUAAGUGUUUCAGACAAAGGGGGGGGUCUAAUAACACAUGAAAGGAUUCACAUGGGGGAGGGAGGAGUGAUAGGCCAGUGAGUUCCCAUAUGACAAAGCAAUGGAUGCACAGGAUGAAAUUAAAGAUAGGGUGCCACAGGAAGAUGGUAUGGAACUUUUUCUGUGGAAUACUCGCAGGAAGUGGAAAACAAAGCAUGUGCCCCUAGUUUGGAAGAAAAUGAACUAAGGGAAGAGUUGCUUGAUUUAAUGGACAAAGAUAGAUAUAUUAAAAUCA